AUGGGCCUAUUUGGCAUUGCGCCGGCUGCGGUCGCAGCUGUGGCUUUUGGCGUUCAGUAUGUGCCGGUUAAGAAAUACAAGAUACUCGUCCGAGCCAAGACCUUUACUUUGUUGAUUUACGAUGGUACCACCUUCCAGUGGUUCAUGUGCUCUGGCAUCCUGUUCGUUGGCUUGGCCUUUGCGAUCCUGGGUGGAGAUCUAGCUAGAGGCAUUCCGCCAAAGGUAGUUUUCGGUGGGUGUCUCUGGGCGCUGUCCAACUUCGCUGUGCUGCCGCUGGUGAAACUGCUGGGCAUCGGCUUGGGCUUCUCCCUGUACCAUUUUCAGAACAUGAUUGUGGGCUACGUCGUUGGUCGAAAAGGUCUUUUCGGACUCCCGGCUCUUCAGCCAGCGUUCGAUGGCAGUCUUAUCUUCUGCGAUGUCGGGUGCUGCCUAAUCCUGGUCUCCUUCGUUGCAUUGUUGCUGGUGGAGGGUGGUGGAGAAAAGGAGUCCAACGAGAAGAACUCCGAGAACACACAUCCUAAGCCGACAGUGCAUGGGAAGCCUUGUCAGCCAGACAGUUACGAAGAAGUUCCUGCCGACAGGCCGCACCGCCUCUUCGAAGAGUCAAGCACUUUCGCCGCCUUUGCUCUCGAGAUCGAUGAGGGCGAUGAUGGCGAGGAUGGCUCGGGAGAUUUCGGACAUGGCUCUGUGCCUUCACACAUGCGGUGUCAUCGGGCCGGGAUACAGCCAAAUUUUCAGACCGUAGAUUGCUUGGAUGAAGGAAGGGUAGAAAGUUUCUGGGGUCAUCACGAUACUCCAAGAUGA